AUGAUCGAGGCUAUUCCAGCCGCCGGACGAUCCCUAGUGUUCAUGCUCAUGUGCCUGGGUGUCUCGGAAAGUGUCUUGGAACGCCAGGGAGUUGAUUCGAGAAAAGACAUGGCGGUUUUCUCCAAUGAAUGGAUGGAGGAAUUCGGAAGUGGCGCCCUUGGCUGUGUUGGUUCCGCGAUAGACGCGUACGAGUGGAGGAAUGCUGGCUACGGCAGCAACAUCAACUUCCUUACCAUCGUGUGGGCAAACGCAAUGAUGGCGGGACGCCAGGACCUCGCCGUCGUUGUUCGGACAGAUGAAUGGUUCCCUCGGACGAUAUGCAAUGUCACUAGCUAUGGAGAAGAAACACGAGGUUGGCCUUGCUUCUUUGCUGAGGUUCCUCACCUGUGCGCCUUCGACGCUGAUCAGAUGCUGGUAGACCACCUGCACUCUUAUCUUCAGCCAUGGUUCAAGGCUGAUAUUCAACGCAUUCUAGAUGAACCCGACAUCGCCGAGAUGAGGAACGGAAAGUACGUCGGUAUGCACAUCCGCCGAACCGACAAGGCGAACGAAACCAAGCUCACGAAAACCGAGGUGUACUUUCGGAAGGUCGCCCAGUACUUGAGGUCGUCGCCAGGAGGACUUAGAGCUGCCGAUAUAACGGGCCUUUGGCUGUCCACAGACGAAGUGUCUGUUUUUAACGAGGUGGGAGGACUGAGAGCGUCGAGUCCGGCAUAUAUAUAG